AUGGCUCCUCCUCCUCCUCGGGUUCAAGAACUCCAAUUCCCUCACCUUGACAUCCCCAUAACCAUACAACAAAUUUCUCCUGUCCUCCCUGCAGGACCGAUUCCCGCCACCCCGGGCGACACCCUUUACCUCUCGAACCUAGAUGACAUGAUCGGAGCACGUGUUUUCACCCCUACCGUGUAUUUUUACCGAUCAAACUGUUCGAAUUAUGAACAAAAAACUGUCACUACAAUAGUUAGAGAUGCUCUUGCUAGUGUUUUAGUUCCAUACUAUCCCUUUUCAGGUAGGCUGAGAGAGAGAAAGAAUGGGAAGUUAGAAGUUUUUUUUGGGCCGGGCCAGGGUGCACUCAUGAUCGAGGCCCAAUCGGGUAUGCGCUUAGUGGACCUUGGAGAUCUUGCGGUCCCAAAUCCUGCAUGGACAACGUUGAUCUAUCGAUUCCCCGAUGAAGAACCUUAUAAAGUUAUUGACAUGCCAUUGGUAAUUGCUCAGGUGACUCGAUUUAGCUGUGGUGGUUUUAGCCUUGGGUUAAGGAUUUGCCAUUGCCUCUGUGAUGGGCUUGGUGCCAUGCAGUUUCUCGCUGCAUGGGCCGCCACAGCAAAGACGGGAAAGCUUAUGGUGGUUCCUGAGCCCUGUUGGGAUCGAGAAAUUUUUCAUCCUCGUGUUCCGCCUAUGGUUAAAUAUCCCCAUAUUGAAUUUAGGAAAAUUGACGAUGGUUCAAGUUUAACAAAAUGUCUAUGGGAAGUUAAGCCCAUACAGAAGUGUUAUCGGAUCAGUCGAGAGUUUCAGGCCCAUUUAAAAAGCCUGGCCCGAUCACCCGACAACUCUACAUGUACCACUUUUGAUGCAAUGGCAGCUCAUGUUUGGAGAUCAUGGGUUAAAGCACUUGAUGUUAAACCGUCGGAUUAUGAGCUCCGACUCACAUUUUCCGUUAAUGCUCGUCCAAAGCUUAAAAAGCUGCCGGUAAAAGACGGGUUUUACGGCAAUGCGAUCUGCGUGGCGUGUGUCAGCAGUACUGUUUCCGACCUUGUUAAUGAGAGUCUUUCGGGCACAUGUGGAUUGAUCCGUGAGGCCCGUUUAGGGGUCUCGGAGGAGUACUUGAGAUCCACAGUUGAUUUUAUUGAAGUGGACAGGCCCAAUAGGCUGGAAUUUGGUGGGAAAUUGACAGUAACCCAAUGGACCAGAUUUUUGAUAUACGAGUCCGCAGAUUUUGGAUGGGGCCGGCCCGUAUAUGCAGGCCCAAUAGACAUAACUCCAACCCCUCAGGUUUGUGUAUUCCUACCUGAAGGGGAUGCUGAAUCAAAUGGAGCAAUGGUUGUGUGUAUCUGCUUGCCGGACUCUGCUACUCAGAAAUUUAAAGAGUUUUUGUGUCUCAUGGAUUCAAGUGAUAAAUCCUGA